CGAGAGCCUCACCACCUACGAGCCAGUAGGCUAUGUAAACAAGUAAGAGCUACUAGGUGUAUUAGUUUACCUGUCGGUCAAAACAGCCAUGAACGAUUGUAAUUACUGGGAAGAAGUUCAGAAGCCUUUGACUGACUGCUGCUAUGAGGCAGAUGGCUUGGAGUCAGUCUUUCAUAAAUCGAUACUCCAAGUAGACUAUCAUAGGUCGUACCAGUUUAGUUUUAAGUUGACGAGAUCCAUGUAUUGCCGACGCUCCUCCAGAACACCAAAGCCCUCCAGGAAGAUAAUCCCGAGGAGCCCGAGCCCCAAUGAAGAAGUGAUCCAGCGCAGGUGCUUGAGUACGAGACAGAGGAAGACUGUGCUGAAGAAAACUAAAGCCAGCAACAGCGUAGUAAAAACAAAUACGAGAAGAGAUGGAGACAUUCUGGACUUACUCAACAGUACACACAGGUCUAAGAGUGAUACUGAGGAGAAUGAAGGACAACUUGGAGAGGUGACUGAUAGAGGAGUGGACGAGUCAGAUGAAGACGGUGGCUCUGUGAACAGCAGCAUCGCUUCUGGUCCUUCCAUCUUCUUUGAUGUCUCCCCAAAGAAAGCGAGCACGUCGCACUUGUGCUCAAUCUGUCAAAAAAAGUACCAGAACGCUAAAAAGAUGAAAGCCCCAAUCAAGGACAGACUCUUAGACACUGAUCCAAAGUCCCUGACAUGUGACCAAUGGGUUAUGAUCAAGAGCUGGAGACAGAGGAGGCUGCCCAAUACAAGAGGGUACGACUAUGUGGAGAAACUUUUGACCCAUGUCACACUGGUUAAAAGACGACUGAGGUUUAAGACGGGUUUAAAUCAGACUGAGCAGAGUGUGAGAGAGGGAGAAUCAUCAGCCUGCUCGAGGCCGCACACUUUCCUUCAGAGGAACCUCAGACAGUGUGUCAGAGCGCCAGUGAAAAGAGUGAUGAAGAAGAACAGGAGGAAGAGGAAAAGAGACGCUUCUCGUGGCCCACGUGUCGCCAAGCGGCAGCGUCUCCACAGCAACACUCACCGUCGGCUAGUUGGCGCAGGCCGCGAUGAUGUCAACGGUCAUCACACAACCAGCAGUGUCAGCAGCCCGCCUGCUCCUGAGCGUUCCAGCGAUGAAGAAUCGGACACUGUGACUGUUGAGAUAAUUCCAUGUUCGGUCACUCUUGAGCCCAUCAGAGACGCCCCGGCCGCUCAGAAAGCAGCGAAGAAGAGAGGUGGCUUCAGAGACUUGCUCACCCAACUGAGGGGCACCCGCAGCAUGAUCGUCAGAGAAACACAUUAGCAGGACGACGCUCUUUAGUUUUAAUAUACAUUCAAACUGCUGUGUUGUUAUCUCGGGCUGAAGUAGCUUUUUAUAUUUAUUUAAUAUUCAGUGUUUCUGUUCAGGACACCAGUCAGUCCUGGGUCAUGUACAUCAGCACGUUUCUGCUGCUGUUCAAUGCACGUGCUUUUUAAGUAGUUUCUUGAAUAUAAAAAUGAACUUAAUUUAAAGUCUCAUACAACAAGAGAACUGGAUACAGAUGUUUGUUUUCUUCACUUUAUUCCUCAGACUGACCCUGAUUAUAUUAGAUCAACAGUAAACCAGGAUAGCAUCAUCCAGAUAACUUAAGCUGUACUCACAUGCCCUUGUGCAAGGCACCGAACCCCCCCAACUGCUCUGGUGGGCUCCCUGUGUAGCAGCCCCACUCUGACAUGUCUACAUUAAUGAACGUCCACAGGUCCUGUUUGUACAUGCGUGUGAUUUGGGCCCAUGUGUGUGAGUAGCAUGUCCCUAAAAAUAACAGAGUAAACCUGAAUUUACCCUCAGGGAUUAAUUAAGUUGUCAGUGGAAGUGACAGUGUACGGUAUUAUUUCUUGUCUUCGUGUUAACAGUAAGAAAUGUUAUUUAUUUUGGUUUUAUUCACUUCAAAUGUUAUACUGAUAAAUGUACACUGUAUAUUAUUAAGCUGUUAGGGUUUCAGACUCUUCUGUAUGAAUAAAAAAAACUUCACCAAAAUA